UGUCGGCGGUCAGUAAGUUGAGUGGUUCCUUUCCUUCCUCUGUGAGUGUGUUGCGCUUCCAUCCCGGGCAUUCAAGCUUCUUUCCUCCCAGGGUCUUCAUCUGCAAUGCUCCGUCUCACUUUACUUGGCUGUACCUUGCUGUCGCUUCUCCUUCACCGGCCAGCGUAUGGAUACUUCUCCGAGGAGCGCUGGAGCCCGGAGUCCCCGCUGCUCGCUCCCCGGGUGCUGAUCGCUCUGAUAUGCCGCAACUCGGAGCACUCCUUGCCGCAUUUCCUCGGUACCAUCGAACGCCUCAACUAUCCAAAGGACCGUAUUGCCCUGUGGGUGGCGACCGACCACAACGUGGACAACACCACAGCCAUUCUCCGAGACUGGCUGAUCCAGGUGCAGAACCUCUACCAUUAUGUGGAGUGGAGACCGCACGAGGAGUCCAGGGCCUUUGCGGACGAGGCGGGGCCGAAGCAGUGGACGAACCAGCGGUACGAGCAUGUGAUGAAGCUGCGGCAGGCCGCGCUGGAGACAGCCCGCGAAAUGUGGAGCGAUUACUACCUGUUGGUGGACUGUGAUAACCUCCUGACCAAUCGGGACAUCCUGUGGAAGCUCAUCAGGGAGAAUAAGACCAUCGUAGCACCCAUGCUGGAGUCCAGAGCAGCCUAUUCCAACUUCUGGUGUGGGAUGACCUCCCAGGGGUACUACAAGCGCACCCCGGCCUACAUGCCCAUCAGGAAGCGGGAGCGAAAGGGCUGCUUCGCCGUUCCCAUGGUGCACUCCACCUUCCUGCUGGACCUGCGCAAGGAGGCGUCCCGCCAGCUGGCCUUCUACCCGCCCCACCCUGACUACACCUGGGCCUUCGACGACAUCAUCGUCUUCGCCUUCUCCGCCCGCAUGGCUGAUGUGCAGAUGUUCCUGUGCAACAGGGAGACUUAUGGGUACUUCCCCAUUCCUUUGCGUGCCCACAGCACCCUGCAGGACGAGGCUGACGGCUUCCUGCACUCUCUGCUGGAGGUCAUGGUGCGGUACCCCCCAGUGGAGCCCUCCAGCUUUAUCUCUGUUCCCCUGAAACAGCCUGACAAGAUGGGCUUUGAUGAGGUGUUCAUGAUUAACCUGCAGCGGCGGACUGACAGGAGGGAGCGCAUGCUGAGGACGCUGCACCAGCAGGGGAUCACCUGCAAGAUCGUCAAUGCCGUGGACGGCAGAGCUUUGAAUGUCAGUCAGAUUCACGACAUGGGUAUCCACAUGCUCCCAGGCUACAGUGACCCCUACCACGGCCGGCCCCUUACCAAGGGGGAGUUGGGCUGCUUCCUCUCCCACUACAACAUCUGGAAUGAGAUCGUGGAGCGGGGGUUGAAGGUCUCCCUGGUGAUUGAGGACGACCUGCGGUUCGAGGUGUUCUUCAAGCGCCGCCUGCAGAACCUCAUGUACGAGGUGGAGAGCCAGGGCCUGGACUGGGACCUCAUAUAUGUUGGAAGAAAGAGGAUGCAGGUGGAUCAUCCGGAGAAGUCUGUUCCGAAUAUCCACAACCUGGUGGAGGCAGACUACUCCUAUUGGACACUCGGGUACAUGAUAUCCCUGCAAGGGGCCCAGAAGCUGCUGAGGGCGGAGCCUCUGAAGAAGAUGCUGCCGGUGGACGAGUUCCUUCCUGUCAUGUACAACAAACAUCCUGUCUCUGACUACAUGGAGCAGUUCGAGACGCGGGACCUGAAGGCGUUUUCCGCCGAGCCCCUCCUGGUGUACCCAACCCACUACACGGGCGACCCUGGCUACGUCAGCGACACGGAGACCUCCACCGUCUGGGACAACGAGGAGGUCCGAACGGACUGGGACCGCGCCCGGUCCCGCAAGACCCAGGAGCAGGAGGAGAUCAGCACCAAGGCCCAGAACUCAGACGUGCUCCAGUCUGCCCUCGACAGCACCGCCCGCGAUGAGCUAUGAUGACCACCAGGGGGAGACAGAGAGGGGGGACAGCCCGUCUGGGACAGACGGAGUAGUGCUGGAUCUCACAGGGCUGUGGGAAGGACAAAAGGGCAUCCUGGUGCAGAGAGAGACUGGGGUGGGGUUGGGAAUGGGUGCGAUGGGGGUUCCACCCUGUUUUGAAGUGUUUUUUUACUCCCAGGGGCUGCUGGGAUUGAUUUCUGGGAGGAUGUGCAGUUUUUUUUCCUUUCCUUAGACAUCUCAAGAGUUAUUUGUGCUUCUAGACAAUGAGGGAUGGUGAAACGCAUCUUUCAGCCACAAGAGAAAAUCUGCGUUGUUGCCUGCUUUCUCCAAAAGAAUUUUUUUAAUAUAUGUAUUUUUUUAAAAACUUAUUUAAACUUCCACCCUCACAAUGCCAGAACUGCAGUCUGUCGGACAAGAACAUCUGAUUGUACCAUGGAAUGUGUGUUGCAGUUUGAUUGGACGAUGGCAAGACUGUACUAACCUGAUCAUUCCUGCUGAUGUACCAUCCAAUGUUAAGAAAACAAACUUUUCUUGAGUCCAGCUGUCAUUAUCCAGAGGAAGGUGUCUUGUGUUGUUAACGUUUAUUCCGAAGGUUUGGGAGUGGCCUGUCUCUCCAGCUCCACAGGACCAAAGCAGUCAUCCUUUUAAUAUAUUGUAUAAUUUUAUUGUUUUCCUACAUGUAUUUUGUUUGUUUGUCUGUCUGUCAGGCAUGUCCUGCUGACCAAACCCCACCAACACAGGCUGUCGAUCAAAACAAAGAGAAACAGAGGAAGAUGAGAGCUCGCAGCCCCUCUCACUCCCACUUCCUCUCUGAUGAAAGAACACCUCCUGUGUGACCACGACCCGGUCUCUGCGCAGCUCUGUCCAUUACUGUUGGGUCGGGACUGGUGCGCAUGGACACCCUGGCUGACAGGGGGCGGGGGCGUUUCUUUGGGGUGAGGUGUUCAGACCCACGGUGAACCUGAGUUUUACAUUCUCAGAUUCUGCACAAAUUCACAAAUUCCCAGCUUUAUGCGGACGGGCUGAUUUGUUAGCCACAGUACAGAGGACAGGCCAUCCAUGUGAUAUAGAGAUCAGUCAACAUGCGAAGCGUGUGCCACGUGAAGCCCAAAUGCAUGACCUGUCGUAUGUUGCAGCAUUCCUGGUGUCCUGAAGGGGGGGGGCGUGGCGUCCUGGCUGUGACUGUGGUGUCAGCCCUGCCCUUGGUGGGGAAGAUUGGUGUUCCUCUCUGCUGGUGGUGAAGCUAAAGCCAUUCUGAUUCGCUGUCUCACUAUGAAUAUUUAUGAAGGGGCGUGGUCUGAACAUCUGUAGCUAACACACCAACCCGGACAGCACCAAAUCUUCCUGCUACCAUCUGGGAACUUACAGGGGUACAGAGGAUGGAAGGAAGGCAAAACUGACAGUCUCCUGCUUAACCCUCUCUGCCUGGACUUGUAGAAUAUCUCUGUGCACAUUCCGGUCACCUGGGCCAUCUUCAUGAUGGAGGGGCUUUUUCUUACCCCCCCCCCCCCCCCCUGUAAAUACAGCCACAAGAAAAAAUGCAGUGAGAAUGUUGAUUGUAGGACUCCGUAUCGUAGCAGCGCCCUCCUGGUGGCCAUAAUGUGA